AUGGGCCCUAAUGGCUUCUCCAAAAACUGCUCCACAUCAAAUCUCACAUGCUUUUUCUCCAACCUGCAGUGUGCCAGCAGCUACACUGUUCAAGUCAGGUCCCAGGACAGCCUUUGCAUUAGCGUUCCCAUUCAAACUGCAGCAACAACAGGCCCAUGUGAUCCAGUAAAUGUGACGAGUGUCCUGCAGUGUGGUUCAGACAAAGCUACGGUCUACUGGGUUGAAGGUGCUGGAGCUGUAGCCUACACUGUUCUCGCUCAGGAAGGGGGAUCCCAUCAGUAUGCUUCCUGUAGGAGUAACAACACUUCCUGUGAGCUUAACCAGCUGCAGUGUGGGAAAGUGUACAACUUGUCAGUACUGGCUGAAGAUGCCACCUGUAACAGCACUGGAGGGACUACAGGAACCAUGAUGACAGCUCCAUGUUCUCCGUCCAUCCAGAGCAGCACUCUGACAUGUGGAAACAGUUCUGCUCUUUUGACCUGGACACCAGUGGAUGGUGCCACAGGUUUUAUAGUUAAUGCAACAGCUGGGAACGGGCACAGUGUUUCCUGCAGCUCACACACAGCUUCAUGCAGCCUAACAGACCUCCUGUGUGGCCAGAUCUACUCAGCUUCAGUCACUGCACGAGGGAACCAGUGUGACAGUCCACCUGGACCCAGCGCCAACAUUACCACAACUCCAUGUUCUCCUGUUGUCACAUCUAAAGAGUACGACUGUGGCACCAGCACAGCAGUGAUUAGCUGGCCUUAUGCCGCAGGAACCAUCCGCUUCCUUGCUUGGGUAGCAGGGGAAGGGUAUAGAGACAGCUGCCAGACUACAAACACCAGCUGCAUGUUCAGAAAUCUACCCUGUGGCUUGGAUUUUAAUCUAACUGUCCAAGCUCAGGGAGCCGAGUGCAACAGCAGCAUCAGCGCCAGCGAAUCCCUACAAACAGUCCCAUGUGCCCCGGAGAACGUGAGCACCACCACUCUGUGCACCACUCACUCAGCUCUAAUAACUUGGGUGGGCAGUCCCGGUGCUGUUGGACACAAUGUGACGGUGACGGGCCAGGACGGUCACACCCACCUCUGUCACACCAACUCAACCACAUGUCACCUCACAGACCUUCACUGUGGGGAAACCUACAGCGUUACAGCCACAUCAUACUCACGGACAUGCACAGGAAUCCAGAGUGCACCUUCCAGCUUUAGAGCUGCAACACUACUGUGUCUCCUGCUUGUGAGGACAGCGCCAUCUCUUGGACUCCAGUGA